UUUUUGUGUUCAAUUUGCUUCAAAAUAUGGCUGAACCAUCAAAAUUAUCAAUAAAACGCGUUGAAGUAUCUUUAAUUAAAUUUAAUGAUGUUAUUGUUCCCCAUCAUGUUGAUAUAUUAAAUAAACACAAAGAUAAUAUAUUGAAGUAUAAUGCUAUCGGAGAUAAUGAAAAAGUUAAGAAGGAACAAGUUAAUGCUUCUCGAGUAAUCAAGCAACUUAAACAAACCCUGUAUGAAAUUGAAAUGAUUAAAGAGCAAGUAACAGAAAGUGAUCAUGCAAAAUUUGAUAAAAGCACGGAGAAGUCGAUUCAAAGUGCUAAAGCAGCAAUAAAUGAAUAUUAUGUUUGCAGAGUGCAGCUUCACAAGAAUUUGCAGAACAAUCUACUGAGAAAUUGCAAAUAAUUAAAAAUUCUGAAAGUAAUCUUGAAGCCGAGGAAGAAAUUGAGAAAUUAGAAAAGUACUAUACUUCUAUGGAAGAUUUACAAAAUGAAGUGCAAGAAAUACAAGAAUUAUUUACAGAAUUGAAUUCUGUUGUCCAUAGACAAGGUGAACAUGUCAACGUUGUAGAGAAUAAUAUUGAAAAUGCUCAAGAAAAUAUAAAUCAGGGAGCAAGGCACCUUGCUCUCGCUGCCAAAUUCAAACCUGCCUUUUAUCCAUUAGCAGGUGCCGUAAUUGGCACUUGUGUUGGUGGUCCUAUUGGCCUAAUUGCUGGUUUCAAAGUUGGUGGAGCAGCAGCAAUGGGAUGUGGAGUAUUAGGAUUCACUGGAGGCCAAAUACUAAAAAAAAGAAAACAUACAAUUAUGCAAGAUGUUGACAAAAAACAGCAAUGAUUUAUGGUGGAGCAAAAAUCAUUAAAAAUGUGGAGAAACAAAUCUUUUUUAUAAAAUAAAAACUAAUGUGAUCAUUGGAAUAUCAUAAUUUUUGUACACUAAU